UGAAGCACCCCCGGGCGGGGCUGGGUGUCUCUGGGGCGUGUCCGGGCUGCAUGCCCUCGCUGGUAAAAGAAAGGACGUCCGGGAGACCUGGGGCGCCGUGGCCGCGUGUCCUCCCGCCGGAUGGGGAGAAUCCAGAACAGGAGGAAAGAAGAGCCGCUGUUCAUCAAAAGCCAUGGCAGAGGGCUUGAAGUUCGAAGAUGUGGCCAUUUUCUUCUCUCAAAAGGAGUGGGAAUGCUUGCACUCUACCCAAAAGGAUUUGUACCGAGAUAUAAUGUUGGAAAAUUAUAACAACCUGAUCUCACUGGGACUUUGUGAUUCUAAGCCAGAUGUGAUCUCCUCAUUGGAACAGGGGAAAGAGCCCUGGAUUGUUAAAAGGAAGGAUGCAAAAGAAUGGUGCCCAGAUUGGGAGUCGAGAAGAGAAACCAAGAAUUUAUCUCCAAAGGAGGGUAGUUAUGAAAUUAAAUCAUUUCAACCAAAGAUAACAAAAAGACCUAUAAGUUCUAACCUUGUGUGCACUAGGGUCAAAGAUAAUAGUGAAAUCAAAUGCUACUUGGAGAAACAACAGGAUGGACAUUUCAAACCAGUGGUAAUGACCUCUGAAGAAAGGUCUGCUUCUAUUCAGUGUACAGUCAAUAGACUACCUCAGAUAAUUCAUACUGGAGUGAAAUGUGAAUGCAAGGAAUGUAAGGAAGCUUUCAGUUACCAGGCAUACCACCUCCAACAUGAAUGCAGUCAUAAUAAGGAAAAGAGCUCUAAAUAUGAAGACUAUGAGAAAGCCUUUAAUAGUAGAUCAGACUUGAUUAAGCAUCAGAGAAUUCAUGAAAGAAAAAAAAGUAAUGAACCUGAGAAAUGUGCCUUUAUUCAGGACUCUGAAAUUACUAAACCUCAGAGCAUUAAUACUGGUGAGAAAGCUCAUAAAUGUAAGGAAUGUGGUAAAGCCUUUCAUUCUAGCUCACAACUUACAAAACAUCAAAGGAUUCAUAUUGGUGAGAAACCCUAUAAAUGUAAGGAGUGUGAGAAGGCAUUUCCAUCUACCUCACAACUUAAUUUACAUCAGAGAAUUCAUACAGAUGAGAAAUACUAUGAAUGUAAGGAAUGUGGAAAAGCCUUCACCCGCCCCUCACACCUUUUUCGACAUCAGAGAAUCCAUACAGGUGAGAAACCACAUAAAUGUAAGGAAUGUGGUAAAGCUUUUCGUUAUGAUACACAACUUAGUCUUCAUCAAAUAAGUCAUACUGGUGAAAGACACUAUGAAUGUAAGGAAUGUGGAAAGGCAUAUAGUUGUGCCUCACAGCUGAAUCUGCAUCAAAGAAUUCAUACUGGUGAGAAACCUCAUAAAUGUAAGGAGUGUGGGAAAGCUUUUAUCUCUGAUUCACAUCUUAUUCGACAUCAGAGUGUUCAUACUGGUGAGAAACCAUAUAAAUGUAAGGAAUGUGGGAAGUCCUUUCGCCGUGGCUCAGAACUUAUUCGACAUCAGAGAGCUCACAGUGGUGAGAAACCCUAUAAAUGUAAGGAAUGUGGAAUGGCCUUUACUUGUAGCACAGAACUUAUUCGACAUAGAAAAAUUCACACUGGUGAGAGACCCCAUAAAUGUAAGGAAUGUGAGAAGGCUUUUAUACGAAGGUCAGAACUUACUCAUCACCAGAGAAGUCAUACUGGUGAAAAACCAUAUGAGUGUAAGGAAUGUGGGAAGGCCUUUGGUCGUGGCUCAGAACUUUAUCGACACCAGAAAAUUCACACUGGUGAGAAACCUUAUGAAUGUAAGCAAUGUGGAAAAGCCUUUAUUCGUGGAUCACACCUUAGUCAACAUCAAAAAAUUCAUGCAGCAUAGAGGAAUGAAUGAAGACAUGAGGGACAGUUCAGAAUUUAAUUGUAAUCUGAAGUUCAUAGUAGUAAAAUAGAAACAAACAAAACCCCCUGUGAUUAUAAGGAAUGUGGGAAAGCAUUUGAGGAUAACAAUUUAAUAUCAGAGUUCGUACUGUAUAUAUAAAGUCUUUAUUUAAGGGCCAGAAUUUAUUGAGCAUUUGUUACUGAUGAGAAACCUUAUAAAUGUUAGGAAUUGGAAGCAUUUAUUUGUGUUUUAAAAUUUAUUUGAUAUCAGUUCAAUUGGUGCAAAAGCAAAAACCUUCAUGAAUGUAAGGAAAGUGUGAAGGCAGCAAAUGUGUUAGAGACAUUAAUCAUUUAAACCUUUCUCAACAUCAAGGUCAUUAACCUUUAAGGGAAAUAAAAGGAUUUAUAAUAUAAUUGGCAUAUAUGUGGGACACCAAUUUGCUUUAACUAACAAGUUAUUUAUCUGAUAGCCAUACUUGAUGAAGGCUAUAUUAAUAUUAAAAUUGUAGAAAAUUAGUUUACCCUGCCCAAAUCUUGUUCAGAUUUGCAAACUUAUUUUCUAAAAUUAACUUGAACUAAAUCAGAGUGGGAAAAGAUUUAACCAAUAUUUAGUCUUUAUUUGCCUUCACCACUAUAACUCAUUUUUUAUAGGGCAAAUUACUUAACUAUGUCUAAAUUUUCUCAUUUACAAAUUGGUAAUAUUAGCACCAUAUUUUUAGUAGCAUUGUGAAAAUUAAGUAAUUACAUUAUAUCCUGUAGAACAGUGUCUGUAUUGUAUUGAAAGUCUGCUAGAUAAGAGCUGCCUUUAUUAUUAAUAAGCGUUUUUAUUUUCAUAAGUGUGUAUUAUUAGAGAUUAUACAAGAGGAAAGCCUUUGGGGUUCAUUGACUCUAGGAACAUCUUAAUUCAUGUCUUUCUUUAUUGAAUGGUAAGUAAUUCCUUCUGGAGAAAAAUUAAAAACAAACUUUUAUCAUAGCUUAUAUUUUUGUCCCAUCAGAAGAUUCAUAAUAUAAAGAACCCCAGUAGAAUAAAAGUGGGUAGCUAUGAGGUCAGGGUGAAGACCUGGAUGAUAUAUUAAGAACUUAAAAAAAUGACAUAGGGCACACUCUAUGGCUUCUGUUCUGGAUAAUUAGAAAAUAACAAAGCCUUAGUCUAAAUCCAUUUUUUUCUAUGUGGAAAUUUAAAAGAUAACUGUAUAAAUAUUUUUAUAUUAAAAGGCAAAUUAUCAUUAGUAAUGAAUGACAAAGAGAAGACUACAUGUUGAAAUUUGCAGGACAUAGCAAUGCAAUACUUGAGGAAAAUUUACUUCUUUCAAUAAGUGUAGGAAACAGAAAAAAUUAAGGCCAGGAUACUUUCCCACUUAACUAUACUUGGUACACUGCCUAUUCUCUGUUCCUGGUAGGUUCCCAGUAAACAUUGAUGAUUGAAGGAAUAAGAUAAUGAAUGAAUAAGCAUUUGACCAUCAUAUCUUGAAAAGUUCUAACAAAAUAAUUGUAGGGCCAAAAAUGAAAGAAAACUUGAAAACAUUUUUUGAAAUGAAAAACACUGUAUCCUAUAAAGAAAAAAUCUCAUGAAUAAGAGAGGAUAUAUAACUACAAAAGUGGAGGAUAUUUAAAGGAAUAAGACAAUAUUAUUGUGGCUGAUACUGUUGCUUGCCUAUUCAUUGGUAUUAACUAUUCUCCCUUUGCCAGGGUUACCUGCCAUCCACUUAAGUCUAAAUGCGAGAUGCUUGCUCACCUAGUUUGCUUUGCAUCUUGGCAUAUGUAUACCAGUCCUGGCCAUAAGAGAAUUGAGCAAAAGUCUGCAGGUGAGCUUCAGUUAAGUUUUCUUUCCUAACAAAAUAGGAGGAAAUAGUCCUCUUUUGUACAGAAUGCAUGUCUAUAUGUCUGUGAUACCUGGAAUUAUGGCCAUUUUGCAACCAGAGGGGUAAGAGACAGAUUGGCAUGGGAUAGGCUGGAAUUACCUUUGUCCUUAACAUUGUUGAGCUGAUGAAACAAUUCAGAACUGCCCUGUUCUUGGACUUGUGUGAAAUAAGAAACUCCAUCAUAUCUGUUAUAAGUUUAUACUCAACUUUUCAUAAUAUAUUUGAGUCUCAGGAAAAAAUAUUUUUAUAAAUAUACACAUUUAUUCAACUUUAUUUAGUAAGAUGGGACAUUGUUUAUAUUCAUAUUUUUACAGUAUAACAAAUUGUGGAAAAGCAUUACUUUCUUCAACAUAUAUUAAUACCUUGGACAUAUUUCAGGUAUGGUAUAAGAGCACUACAGUAUAUUGAGUAUGGCAUUAAAGUGAGUCAUGAUACUUUU